CUAAUUAUCCAAAUUUUUAGUGGCAACCAAACUAAGAUUCUUCUUCUUCAUCAUCCCUCUUGCUUCUCUUUCACUUCACUUCUGUUAUCAAACAUUCACCACCUUUUUCUCUUCCCCUUCUGGCCUUCUUUCACUGAACCUUUUUGGCGGGAGUUGGACCCCACCAAAUUAAAAUCCCAUCUUUCCCCCAAUUUAUUGAUUUUUCUCUUUUCUCUCAUAAAUACUAACUACCUCCAUCUCUUCUUCCGCCUCAAACUCAACCUUACUAUACCAUUCCAUAAACAUAACCAAAGAAAUAAUCCACAUUAUUCAUCCAAAACGGUGUCGUAUCACUUAUUUUCUAAAUGAGCGUUAAUCUCUUUCUCUGUUUCUUCUCUUUCUCGUUCUUUUUCGUCUUUUUAAUACAAACCGUUUUUUCUCUCUCCCCCGACGGCGUUGCACUUCUCACUCUAAAAUCCGCCGUGGACCCCGCCGGCGCCGCUGCGCUUGCCAAUUGGAACGACGGAGACGCCACUCCGUGCGGAUGGUCCGGGGUCAGCUGUAGUAACAUCUCCGGGGACCCUGAUCCCCGCGUCGUCGGCGUCUCCCUCGCCGGAAGGGGCCUCCGCGGCUACCUCCCAUCGGAGCUCGGCACACUUCUCUACCUCCGCCGCCUCAAUCUCCACUCCAACGCCUUCCGCGGCUCCAUCCCCUCCCAGCUCUUUAACGCCACCGCGCUCCGAUCCCUCUACCUCCACUCCAACAACCUCUCCGGCGACCUCCCUCCCUCCCUCUUCUCCCUCCGCCGCCUCCAGAACCUCGACCUCUCCGAUAACUCCCUCUCCGGCUCAAUUCCAAACUCUCUCCGCAACUGCUCACAGCUCCAGCGCCUUGUCCUCGCCAGGAACAGAUUCUCCGGCAAGAUUCCGGCGACACCGUGGCCGGAGCUCCGAGAAAUCAUUCAGCUCGACCUCUCCGCGAACCUCCUAGAAGGUCCAAUCCCGGACCAGAUCGGAGAGCUUCAAUCCCUCACCGGAACCUUAAACCUCUCGUUCAAUCACCUCUCCGGCAACGUUCCAGAAUCUCUCGGGAAACUUCCGGUGACGGUUAGCUUCGAUUUGCGAAACAACAAUCUCUCCGGCGAGAUUCCCCAAACAGGAUCGUUUUCAAACCAAGGCCCCACGGCGUUCCUCAACAACCCUAACCUCUGCGGUUUCCCGCUUCAAAAACCGUGUUCCGGUUCGGCACAGAGCGAACCGGGAUCAAGCCCUGGUUCAAAAAGGGAACGGUCCGGAUCACGGUCUAAUAAAGGGCUAAGCCCCGGUUUAAUUGUUCUAAUCUCAGUAGCUGAUGCCGCUGGCGUUGCUCUAAUUGGACUCAUAAUUGUUUACGUUUAUUGGAAAAAGAAAGACGGUUGCAACGGGUGUAGUUGUACCGGUAAGGCCAAGUUUGGCGGUGACGAAAACGGGAAAACGCGUUUUUUGUGCUGUUCUUUGCCAUGCAUGAACGUUGGGGUGCUGAAGAGUGAUGAUUCUGAAUUGGAGGAAGGUGAGAAAGGGGAGCGCGGAAGAGGGGAAGGGGAACUGGUGGCGAUUGAUAAGGGAUUUAACUUUGAGCUUGAUGAGUUGUUGAGGGCUUCAGCUUAUGUUCUUGGGAAGAGUGGGUUGGGGAUAGUGUAUAAGGUUGUGCUUGGGAAUGGGGUUCCUGUGGCUGUGAGGAGGCUUGGGGAGGGUGGUGAACAGAGGUAUAAGGAGUUUGCUGCUGAGGUUCAGGCUAUUGGGAAGGUCAAGCACCCUAAUGUUGUGAAGCUAAGGGCUUAUUAUUGGGCACCUGAUGAGAAGCUCUUGAUCAGUGAUUUCAUCUCUAAUGGCAAUUUGACCACCGCUCUUAGAGGGAGAAAUGGUCAACCAACUAUGAACCUUCCAUGGUCAACCAGGCUGAGAAUUGCCAAAGGAGCAGCCAGGGGUUUGGCCUAUCUCCAUGAAUGCAGUCCUAGAAAAUUUGUUCAUGGUGACAUCAAGCCCUCCAAUAUUCUCCUUGAUGGGGACUUCCAACCCCGAAUUUCUGAUUUCGGCCUUAACCGGUUGAUCAGCAUCACUGGCAAUAACCCCUCCAAUGGUGGCUUUAUGGGAGGAGCUCUUCCUUACUUUAAGCCAUCACAAACAGAACAUACCAACAACUACAAGGCCCCUGAGGCCAAAGUUCCAGGUAGCAGACCAACCCAGAAAUGGGAUGUAUAUUCAUUUGGAGUCGUGUUGCUCGAAUUGCUUACUGGGAAGUCCCCUGAUUCUACUCCUGCCCCAUCAACUUCUAUGGAAGUUCCUGAUAUGGUGAGGUGGGUGAGGAAAGGGUUUGAACAAGAAAGUCCGCUAUCCGAAAUGGUUGAUCCUCCUUUGCUUCAAGAAGUUCAUGCCAAAAAGGAGGUACUGGCUGUGUUUCAUGUAGCAUUGUCAUGCACUGAGGGAGACCCUGAAGUCAGGCCUAGAAUGAAAACUGUGUCUGAAAAUCUAGAAAAGAUUGGAUCAUAGUGUUCUAGUGUUUAUCAGCUGAAAGCUAUGAUGUGAGAUCGAGAUUGGAAUUUCCAAUUGAUACACACAAUGAAGAUUCAAUUCAAUUCUGUCCCAUGAUGGACUUUUGUGAUUGCAUUCGGAGGAUUUUCUUGUUGGGGCAUCAAGAUUGUGCUGCUACCCUUCAGUCUCUUGGACUAUGCCCUCUCAUGGUCUUAACUUUUUGGUUUUGAAGUGAAGCAUUUGUUUAAGAGGUGUUAGUAUCACUAGUCUCUGUCUCACCUCAACUUAUUCUUUUUGGCAAAAGAUCAAGGAAGUUGUUAGAUGGAUAGGUAUAAUUUAAAAUUUUGUUCUUACCCCAUUUCCUUCAUGAUCAUAUUACAAUAAUUUCACAACUUUUACGGUGAUUA